UCAGCGAUUUUCCUCGCGCACUACUUACCUGAUUUCGGGCAGUGUGUGCAGACAGGUCCAGACUACUAGUGCUGACAAUAGCUCUUUGGCAGAGGCGGUAUGUGGCAGGCUGUCGUGUCACUACUAUCUCUCCCAUUCCGAGUCCUUUCCUCCAUAUUCCGUUUCGUCUUUGGUGCCCUUCACAUCCCAGUCCCCACGUUUCGGCUCCUUACUCCUUUCCGUCCUCAUCAGCGCUUCCUCCAUCCUCGCGAUGCAGCAGAGCAGUGGGUGCGCUCUCUAGAAGAAGAGACAGGUGCCAUCUCGCUCAGAGGUCUCGCAAGGGAUGGAGAUGGACAAGCCAGUGGAGUUGAGGAGCGAGGAUCGGCUGUCAAGCGAGGUGUAAACUCGUAUCCCCCAAUACCCCGCGACGGCGAUCCGUCAGGUUCUGGCGUUCUGCCAGAAUUCUACCUAGGAAGCUAUGAAGAGGUGUUGAAGGCAUGCCAGACGGAGGGUCGCAUUGGAUGUAUCAUAUUGGUCAGCGAAGAACACGACGAUGUCGCCGAAUUCAAGAGGUCGACUCUGACGGACCCGACUUUCGUCCGUCUCCUGACUGACAAUAACUUCGUUGUAUGGGGUGGAGAUGUUCGGGACAGGGAAGCUUGGGCAGCGUCUCAAAAGCUCCAAGCCACCACGUAUCCAUUCGUUGCCUUCGUUGGCCUGCAACCCCGCCGCUCCCACCCUCAUAGCUCCACCAACUCUUCGCAGUCUACUCCUCUCCUGUCUGUCCUCUCAAGGCACCAAGGCCCCGCCUCUCCCGCAUCCGCCCCUACAUCCUCGGAAACGCUCAUGAGCCACCUUGAGACACAGCUCCUUCCACGUGUCCAGCCCUUCCUUACGAGACACCAAGCUAGCAUUCGCCAACGUGAACGCGACCGCAUGAUUCGCGCAGAGCAAGACCGGAUGUACGAGGACGGCCUCCGUCGGGAUCGCGAGCGCGUUGAGCAAGCACGCGCCGAAAAAGCCGCCGAAGCUGACCGCGCGGUGCGCGAAGCCGAGGAAAUUGCCCGCCAGGAGGAAGAGGCUGCUAUCCAGGAAUCGCUACGUGAACUGCGCGAACGCACGCGCAUGGACUGGCGGCGGUGGAUGCGCGCAAAGCUCGUUCCUGCGACCACCGAUUCUGCCGUCUCUCCUACUCGCGACAAGGAAAAUGUUCGCAUUGCGAUUCGUCUUCCUUCCAACGCACGCCUUGUGCAGUCUUUCCCUCGCUCAACAUCUCUCACUACCCUCUACGCCCUCGUUGAUGCGUCGAUGGUCCCUGAGGAUCUCCUGCCCACCUCUGACCCUUCCGAAGCUCCUGCGAAGGGAGUGGCCGACAUUGAAACCUUCGAGCAAUAUCUGUCAACAAAGGGUUUCCUUGAAGGUACACCCAACAUCGAUGGUGAUGAUUCCGUCGAUGAGUGGUGGGGCUUCCGCCUCGCCCUCUCUUAUCCCCGCAAGGAGAUCCUGUGGGCGCCUUGUCAGUCGCUGGGCGAGGUCGAUGGUCUCGCAGGUGGCGCUCAAGUUGUUGUUGAACGAAUUAUCAAGGGAGGCACAAGCACGAGCAGCAACGGCGCGCGUAGUGGCGCUACGAGCCCAAAGCAAGCUUCCGAGGCUGAAGCAGGCCCUGCAUCUGAUGAUGAGUACGAGUCAGAGAGCGAUUGAAGAUAUAAACCCUUGGUGAGGAUUUGGCAGACCAUAGGUUCUUACCACAAUACUUUUUGUAGACGUAAAUUAUCACCCCAUGCUACCUGGACACUUAAUGUUAAUGAACUUGUCAUAAACUCC